AUGAAUAAUAUAGAAGAGUGGCUUCAGUCAAUAGGAAUUAUGCCAAAGCUUAUGGCUAUUAUGCAUGAUAAUGCUGUCUCUAAUAUUAAAUUCAUACAAGAUCUUUCUAAUUCUCUAGAGCAGUUGGGUCUUUAUUUUGAUUAUAGACAACAAUCUAUAAGAUGUUUCAUAUAUAUUUUAAACCUCGCCAUUCAUAGUUUAUUAAGCAUUGCAGGAAAUGAACUGAAUAAAUUACAAGAAUUAAUUAGAAGCAUUCAGGAAUCACGUUUGCAUCGUAAAAAAUUAAAGACUACUUGCUUCAUACAUAAUAUAAAAGUAAUAAAGCCAAUUCUUGACAUUGUUACCCACUGGAAUUCUAUACUUGAAAUGUCAAAAAUUGAGCUUCUUGUUGAGGUCUUACAAUCAUUUAAGGAUGCAACAACAUUUAUGUCAGCAUCAGAAUAUUCAACCUUAAUGAUAACUGUUCCUUUUUAUUAUAUAUUGAUUGGGGUGCUUGAAAAUGCUAAAAGAAAAGUUAAUACACCAUUUUGGCUUAUUCAAGGUACAUUGCAUGAAACUACAACACAUUCUACAAUAAUGUCGCAGAUAUAUCAGUCAGUAUGUAUGGAUCAUCAGAAUAAAUUAGAUACCUACUUAAUGAUGCUAUGCAUAGAUUCAAAUAUUGAUAUGAAUUAUCCUACUCUUUCAAAAUUCGCAAGAGACUGUCUUCCAAUCCCAGGAACAAGCAUUCCUAGUGAACAGGCAUUUAGUAUUAGUAGUGAUAUGAUCGCUAAUAAACGAAACCAAUUGAAUGAAAAAAUAGUGCGAUCAGCUAUGUGUCUUAGAUUAUGGUAG